AUGGGAUUCUUCGAUAGUGUAAAGAGUUAUUUCGCAGGCCAGGAACCAUCUGAGGACGAUAACAAGAGUCCCAUGCAAGCACCAGCAGCCCAACUAGAUCCACCAAAGGACACGCCUAUCAGCGCCGCGGAGUUGAGCAUGCACGACGGCAGCAACGAUAAGCCAAUAUACGUCGCAAUCAAAGGGACGGUAUUCGAUGUGACCAAGAAGGCUGACAUGUACGGCAGCGGCAAGUCAUACAAUAUUUUCGCUGGCAAGGACGGUAGCAGAGGGCUGGGGAUGAGCAGCUUGAAUCCGGAAGACGCUGUUGCGGACUACAGUACUCUCACAGAGAAGGAAUCUUCUGUGCUUGACGAUUGGUUUAAAUUCUUUAGCAAGCGCUACAACAUUGCUUGUACUUGUGCUUGCACCACGCCCAACUCCUUAUCAUUUUACAACGACAUGCGCAUCGCAGGCACCUUGAAUAUACCUAAAAUAGUGCUCACACGUCCACUAAUGCCUGAAAUUAUGGCAAAAUUCCAAUCCAGGCCUGUGAAUCUGACUUGCUGGGAGACGGACACUCCGGCCCCCAGAGAAUGGCUGCUCGAUAAUGUCAGCGGUGCAGACGCUCUCCUAGUAAUGCUAAGCGAUAAGGUUGACAAAGAGCUGCUCGAUAAAGCAGGCACUAAUCUCAAAGCAAUCAGCACCAUGUCUGUCGGAGUGGACCACUGUGAUUUGGCUCAGCUGAAAGAGCGCAAUGUGAGACUUUCGAAUACUCCUGACUUACUCACUAGCGCUACUGCGGAAAUUGGCGCCUUGCUUUAUCUCGCCGCUGCCAGACGUGCUAGCGAGUCAAUUGCCUUUAUUCAAAGAAAUCAAUGGCCACAGGUCGGUUGGGGCCCACUCCUCAUGGCUGGACAGUUGAGCGAGAAUAAGACACUCGGUUUUUUGGGAUUUGGUCGUAUUGCACAGGCUACCAUGCACAGACUUGUUCCAUUCGGAAUCAAGAAAGUCAUCUACACUGACUCAGGACGUACAGAUAGAUCCGCAAGAAAUGCUGAGCUAUCAAAAACGUACGACAUUGAAAUUAAGCGCGUCGAUCUUUCCACACUCGCCCAAGACUCAGAUGCACUCAUCCUCCUCGCAGCCAUGACUGCAGAUAUGAAACACAUCAUCAACAGAGACUUCCUCAACAAUAUGAAAAAGACGUCAUUCGUGGUGAACGUUGCAAGAGGACCGCUCAUUGACACAUACGCACUUAACGACGCUAUCAACGAGAAUGUCAUUGCCGGUGCUGGCUUAGACGUUAUCGAAGGAGAACCACAUAUCGACAGCAAUCACCCUCUCGUAAAGAAUGACAAAGUGUUCCUCCUCCCUCACAUCGGAAGCUCGACAGUUGAAACUCGUUAUGCUAUGGCGGAUCUUAGCGUAUCUAACGCCCUCAAAGGCGCUUACAAUGAGGAUAUGCAAUCUCAAAUAAACUUAUAA